AUUCUCUAAAAUUGUGUGACCUCAUCGCGUCAGAGGUGGGCGUCAGACGCAAGCGUUAUGAAAGCGCGAUGAGACUUACUUUAUAACAAUGAAACUCAUCAACUUUUUAUUGAAAGAUGUCACGCACAAAAUUGAUUUUUAUUCAAGAUUCUCGCCCUCGCCGAUGUCAAUCAAACAGUUUCUGGAUUUUGGCAGGGAAAAUGCAUGUGAAAAAACCUCCUACAUGUUCCUGCGUAAAGAACUGGCGGUGAGGCUGGCCAAUACCAUGAGGGAAGUGACCCUGUUGCCGGCCAAUAUUCUCAGCCAGCCGUCCGUCAAACUGGUCCAGUCCUGGUAUAGCCAAAGCUUUCAAGAGCUGUUAAAGUAUGAGAAAAGAAGUCCAGAGGAUCCACAUACUCUGAAUGACUUCCUAGACAUCCUGAUUAAGAUUCGUAACAGGCACAAUGAUGUGGUGCCCACUAUGGCUCAAGGUGUCAUCGAAUACAAAGAGAAGUUUGGUUUUGACCCUUUUGUCAGCAGCAAUGUGCAAUACUUCCUGGACCGCUUCUACACCAGCCGUAUUUCUUAUCGCAUGCUCAUCAACCAGCACACUCUCCUGUUUGGUGAUGCCGCUUGUCUCGCACAACCAAAACACAUCGGAAGCAUCGACCCAACGUGCAACGUGGCCGAGGUGGUGAAAGAUGCAUAUGAGACUGCAAAGAUGCUCUGUGAGCAGUACUACAUGAUGGCACCCAAGCUGGAGAUUACCGAAAUCAAUUCCAAAACUCCACAGAAGCCUAUACAGGUCGUCUAUGUGCCCUCUCAUCUUUUCCACAUGCUGUUUGAGCUGUUCAAGAACUCUAUGCGGGCCACAGUGGAGCUGUAUGGAGACAGCAAUGAAGGGCUUCCUCCUGUGAACGCACUGGUUACACUGGGAAAAGAGGAUCUUUCAAUAAAGAUUAGUGACCACGGUGGGGGCGUCCCCUUACGAAAGAUCGAUCGUCUCUUUAAUUACAUGUAUUCCACCGCACCGACACCACGGCUGGAUCCCACACAAACUGCUGUGCCGCUGGCUGGUUUUGGCUACGGUUUGCCAAUCUCUAGACUCUAUGCUCGAUACUUUCAGGGAGACUUGAAACUGUACUCGAUUGAAGGGGUCGGGACAGAUGCAGUCAUUUAUCUUAAGGCUGUGUCCAGUGAAUCUUUCGAGCGUCUUCCAGUCUUCAAUAUGUCAACAUGGCGACAUUACCAGACAGGUCCUGAGGCUGAUGACUGGAGCAACCCGAGCAGUGAUCCACGAGAUGCAUCCACAUAUAAAGCCAACAGAUGACUUUAUUCUACCAAUAUAUUAUUCAUUCAAAUUUUGCUAUAAACUCUAAUGGUAACAUUUUAAAAAAAUGUUGUUUUUGUUAACAUAAGUAAAUGCAUUAGCUAACAAUGAGCAAUAUUGUUCUUCAGAAUUUAUUACUCUAUAUUUGUUAAUGUAAGUUAAUGCCAAUACAAUUGUUCACGUUAGUUCAUUGUGCAUUAGUAAAUGCUUAACAUGAACUGAGAUUAAUACUAGUAUUAAAAUAGAUAAUAUUAGUAUUAGUAUUGUUAAUUGUUAGUUCAUGUUAGCUAAUGCAUUAACUAAUGUUAACAAAUAUAACCUCAUUGUAAAGUGUUACCACUAUUGUCAUUGCAUUUUUAAGCAAUUUGUUAGAUUAGUGUUUGAUAGGCUUAUAAAUUAAAUAAAGUCAAUAAAGCCACAGGGAUGUGUGAUGAAUAGUCUUACAGGGAAUAUAAAUAGGUUGAUGGGCAGUUUUCUUUUUUUGUGUACUUUCUGUUGAAACAGGAUAUUUGGAUGGGCCAACAGGCUUUAGUUUCUCUUCAUAUAUCAAAAGGUAAAAAGCCUUUAUUUAAAUAUGGCUAUAACAUUAAAAACAUAUACUGUUAUACUGCCCUGUUAUAUGUUUUUAAUGUUAAAGCCAUAUUUAAAUAAAGGCUUUUUACCUUUUGAUAUAUGAAGAGUGCCUUGGAUUCCCCUUUUUUUCACGUUUUGUAUACCCUACACCAAAGAGCACCUAACUAAUUUUUCCCAAACAAAAAAAAAAUUUUUUCAGCUAUUUUUGAGCACUUUGGAUUUUUUCUGAUUUCAGGCUUUAGUUUCUAUUUAAAGUAAAACUCAAAAUGUACCUAUUAGAGUGUGAGUUUUACUGUUAUGUCUAUUUAAGAAGUCUUUUACAUUGUUUUAUUAUAUGCUUGUUUUAUUAGAUGUGUACAGCACUGUGGUCAAUGCUUGUUGUUUUAUUGUGCUAUAUAAAUAAACUAAACAAAACUUUUGCUACA